AUGGCGCCAGUCACAUCCGCAAGCACGCAGCCCUGGGUGGAGAAGUAUCGCCCAAAGCAGGUGUCUGACGUGGCACACCAGCAGGAGGUGGUGGCGACGCUCAAGAACACACUGGCCACUGGCAAUCUGCCCCAUCUGCUCUUCUACGGUCCACCUGGCACAGGCAAGACGUCCACCGCGCUGGCCAUCACCAAGGAGCUCUUUGGACCCGAGCUCUACCCCUCGCGGGUGUUGGAGCUGAACGCGAGUGACGACAGGGGCAUCAGUGUGGUGCGCACCAAGAUCAAGGACUUUGCUGGCGUGGCUGUGGGACAUGGGGUCAGAACGAGAGAGAAGGUAUCAUGUGUGGUGCGCACCGAGAUCAAGGACUUUGCUGGCGUUGCCGUGGGGCAUGGGGUCAGCGGCUACCCCUGCCCACCGUUCAAGGUGAUCAUUCUGGACGAGGCAGACUCCAUGACUGAGGAUGCGCAGGUGAGGCAGGGAGCAAGCGGAGGGAAUGGGGGGAAGGGACGGGGGAAUGGAGGGGUGGAUGCGAGCAGGGGAGGAGAGGGGGAGGGGGGGGGGGGGGGGGGGGGGGUGGGGAACGGGGAAUGGAGUGGGGAAAAUGAGGGGGAGGGGGGAGGAGAAGAGGAGAGCAAGUGA